GCAUUCUGUAAUGCGUAACAUGAACUAGCAAUCGGGGAUAAUCCAGUGACCCAGCUUGCAUGGUCACAUGUCCCGUCCUCACCUGGGCAAGUUCUCCAACAAACGUCAUUCCAUCUCCACCUCCACCUCCGCUGCUGCCACAAUGCAAAACAACAAGCGAUAUCCGAUUUACAGAUAAUAUCCGGCAUCCCAGCAGCUACAGAAGGAGAAACUCUACCCUCUCUAAUUUAACUUCGCCGCAAUCGCCCCACGCCCACGCCCGCGGCCACUUCCCCGCCCCUCAUGGCUGCGGAGCUUACCUCCAUCAAGCUCAACCCAGAGAGCCACCUGCUCCUGGACCAACCUCUCCUCCGCCUCCCUCACGAACUCGCUCGCCGCAACUUCAAAUCUGUCCAACGUAUCGUCGAGCGGGAACGAGACUAUGUCCUCCCAUACCUCAAAGAAACAGCCAACGCCUCCCUCUCCGGCAGCCAAGAUGCCACCCAAACCCUCUCCGCUCUCGACACCAUGAUAAACCGCAUGCAGGGCCUAAAGCGGAAAAUGGAGGCCUUGCAGGACGAGGAGAAGAAGAUCCUGACGCAGUCGCGGAAGCGCAUCCAGCAUCUUGAAGACCUGUAUAAGAUCCCAAGCCUGGCAGAUGUCAAGUAUGAGGAGUGGUCGCGAAUACGGUUGAACCGGCUAUUGGUGGACCAUAUGCUGCGGUCUGGGUAUGUGGAUAGCGCAAGGCAGUUAGCGGCUGAGAAGGGGAUUGAGGACCUGGUGGAUUUGAGCGUGUUUGUGCAGUGUCAGCGGAUUGCGGAGAGUUUGGGGCGAGGAGAGACUAAGGAGGCGUUGACGUGGUGUGGGGAGAAUAAAGUAGGGUUAAAGAAGAUUCAGAGUAAUCUUGAGUUCGAGCUACGAUUACAACAGUACAUUGAGAUGGUGCGGGCGGGUGAUAAAGCUGAAGCGAGACAACAUGCCAAAAGGUACUUGUCACCGCAUAGCGAGACUCAGGCGAAGGAUAUUCGACGUGCAGCUGGUCUCCUCGUGUUCUCCCCUGACACAGAAGCGGCACCUUAUAAGGAUAUGUACUCAUCAUCCCGCUGGCAAUACCUCUCAGACCUCUUUAUCCGAACCCACCACGACCUCCUCGCACUCUCUUCCCGCCCACUUCUCCAGAUAGCCCUGUCGGCGGGCCUCUCCGCGCUCAAGACACCAUCCUGCCAUUCCGCCUACGCAUCUUCUAGCUCCAAUCCCAAUUCCAUAACCACAUCCGUGUGCCCGAUAUGUUCGACUGAAUUAAACGAGCUGGCGCGCCACAUGCCGUACGCGCAUCAUACCAAAAGUUAUGUUGAGAAUGAUCCCAUGGUCUUACCAAAUGGACGUAUCUACGGGCGCCAAAGGUUACUGGAUAUGUGUAAGAAGUCAGGCUUUGUGGCACCGGGGAAGAUCAAGGAUCCGACGACGGGUGAGGAGUUUGACGAGAAGGACAUGAAGAAGGUUUAUAUUUCAUAGCAUUUUUUGAUUUUAUUUAUUCUUUAAGAAUUCUGCUUUUUUUACCCGUCCAUGGCGUUUUAAGGGAGGGAUGGCUGGGAAGGAAUGGGAUUUCCCCUCUAUUUGGAGUUUCACUUAUCGCACAUAUCUCAAUACUAGGCACAUACUUUUAAUAGUUGCUAUCAUUACAUAUUUCUACAUAUAUAUAUAACAUCAUCGAAGUUAUAAUUCCCGCCAUCGCUUCGAAGGCAUAGUCAUUUCCGGAGAUGCUUCACCAAAAAUAAUAUACACCAACAUCAAAACCAUAACGGCCCAAAGAGCUAAACCCGCUUAAUCACUAUCAUCAUCGCUAUUCUCCCCACCUCUCCCCUUACCCCCUUUCUUCCUUUUCUUCCCGCCAGCAGCACCCGCUCCCCCAACUCCCUCAGCCCCUCUCUUCUCAAAAACAUACAUCCUCGCCUCCCUAUCCUCUCCCCUCCACCCACCCCUCCCCGGACCACCAUUCCGCUUCUCGAUCUCUCCAAUCGUACGCGCAUGCGAGUAACCAGGAUAACUAGCCCAGGGAAACCGGAAGCUAGUAACGACACGCAAGCCCGCAUGGCGCGC